AUGUAUUUCAAUUUCAAAAGUGUGUGUGGGAGCUGUGGAUCUGGCUCUUGCUGUGGUUGUGGGUAUGGCUGUAGAUAGAGCGCCCACUGUGGCUGUAAUGGUUAUCAUGGUCGUCGUGAAAAUAAAUAUUCUGUUGUAGAUGAUCCUAUAUUUUUUUGCUUCUAA